AUGAAUUUCUGUGUGACAGACAAACUGCUAACGGAUAUUCAGGUGUGAUCGCGCGUUGGGAUUGCGUCUUUUUGUAUUAAAAUUCCUCCAAAAAGUCAUGGAUUUUAUUACAUCAAUAAAGCAAUUAAGUAUUCAUCUCACCAACUUGGAAAAUAAUCAAUUCAUAGAUGAAAGCCUUCUGGAAGAAAAUAAGCGAAAUCUUUCAAAUUCUCUGAUUGAAAGUGAUCCCUGCCUGGAGGAUCACUCAGUAAGCAAAUUUUUCCUUCAACUACAUCAAUUGACUGAGGCAUCGUGCAGAAAUGGGAAAUCUUUCCGGCCACUACUGCUUAUUCUGAAUGAGUUGGUUGAGAAUCCAAAAACCAGAAGUCAUCUUCAGCAACUUGAUUUUAUCCCACUCCUUGCCAAUGCAACGGAAAUCGAAGAUUCUGAGGAUUUAUUGAGUAUUCUUCGAAUCCUGGACAAAUUGACCAAACGUUGCAGAAUUGAAACACCAGAACUCUUCCUGAUCACAUUCAUUCCCUUCCUUGUGACCUCAAUUGAAAGCUGUGAACCAGAAAAACUUCAAAGUCGUUUGUGUCUGUCAGUCUUAAUCAAUCUCUGCGAGAGUCGCCCUGGAAUGGAUACACUUCUUAAAUUCUGCUCUUCCAAAGAACUCAGCAAGAAAUUUCAGUCCUUCGGGUUCCUCACCCUCAAGAUACACUACCUCAUUGAGUCAUUCUACAACAAAAUGAAACAUCUGGAAUUCACAGCAUCAUCAGUUUUUAGUGAAAUUUAUAAAUUAAUUGCUGAACAGGAUUCCAAGAUGUGCCUGGAGUGCUUUAGUUUCAUCGAGGAAUUUUCGAAGCCAGCUCUAGAGAUCUGCAGGGCGACGUUUGAGGAGGAAUUGGGAAAGCUCCUGGAAAGGCUGAUGGAGUUGCUGAAGUCUGGAGAUUCGUGGGCGGAAGCUAUUGUGGCAGGAGGACUCAAUAUGUAUGCUUCACUCAUCAAAAACAAUAAUUCCCUGACAAUUUUCCAUGAACCCCUUUUGGACUUUGCCCUUGAGAGCUUCUGCAGGGAUUCAGCAUUUUAUGUAAACGCAUUGAAUCUCCUGGAAUCUUUGGGAGUAAAAAAUUCAAGACUAGAAUCAUCUGAAUGUCUUUUAAGUGUCUGGAUGGACUUAGCUAAAGCUCAUCAAGCGAGCAUCCUAAAUUGCGUAAAUCGCAUGAGCCUUCAUGAACUCCUCGUGACACCUGACGAUCUGAAAGUUGAACGAAUGAAAGAUGAUCACAUUCUUCUGAUCCUCAUGACGCUAGAACUUCUCGCGACUUUUGCAACAGUUGAACCUCAAGAGUGGUAUGGGCAGAUUGAUGAGGCAUUCAAGCGUCCGGACAUAGUAGAAAUAAUGGCUGAAGGAUUUGUAAGGAAAAAUGAAGAAAUGUUCAGAUGUUGUUUGGAUUUGGCAAAAUUCACCAAUUUUCCCACGAAGAAGAUAACAACAAUUUUACACGAAUCGCCAGCAAGAAUGCGAAAAGAAAUACGUCAGCUGCCUCCGGAAGAGACUUUCUCUCCACUAAGGGUCCUCCAAAGGCAGUCAGAUGAGAUUGAUAGAAGCAACCAAGAAAAACGCUCGCAUCCAGCAUUUGGAAGAGAAGAUGAAGGAGUCCGAAAACAUAAAGGCAAAGAUAGCCCAUCUUAUGAAUGGUUUAUGAUGACAAUCCAAGUAAAAAUCCACAUUAUGUUCAACUAA